AUGUCUUCAUCAACCGCCCUUCGUAGCAACUGCGUUCUCAUCAGCUGCACUCUUAUAAUUGUAAUACUUCUCAUUGCAACCUUCUCCAUGAGUUUUACUCUCAAGAACACAAAUAAUCAUGGCGAGAAAGAACCAAUAGUAAAUUCUCAUUCGGAACAAGUGAGCGUUGAAUUUCAAAAUUACAUUAAAGAAAGGCUUGGUGAUGAGUCUUUGCCAUUAUCCGAUGAAGCAGAAGUCAUUCCAUCUGCCUCCACUCCUUGCGGAGCCACAUGUGCCAUAUUCUGUGAGCAUGGCAAUGUGAUGGACGAGAGAGGAUGUCCUACUUGUUCUUGUUUACCUCCUCCCGAGUUGCAAAAUCUCAACUUGAAUCGGUAG